AUGUCCCACAUGGGUUCAGACAUCCUGAGGCUGCCUCCUCGAGCGUGCAGUGCUGAGUCGGCAGAAAAGGGCGGGCCUCGAGCCGCGUCGGCCGCGGGCGCGCGUUCUAACAGUACAGGGAUACCUGGGUGCGUGGACGUGCAAAGCGAGCUCGGCGAGCUCGGCGAGCUUGCGUCGCUUACGUCUGGCAACGCUCUCGGCGACGAGUUUGCCGCGUUUGGCCCACACAAAACCAGGUCUGUGCGUAAUUUCUGGUCCGUGCACGAGGACUCAUUUAUGCUCAGCGUAGUGAUCGAUAACCGCGAUUUGCUGCUGAUUCCGAGCAAGAGCAGGCCUCGCAGCCGGUUCUGGCACCAUAUCAGUGACGAGCUGCGACAAUUGCACGGGUUCGAGCGCAACAAGCGCCAGUGCCGUGACCGAUUCAACCUGCUGUAUUGGAAAGCCGUGCGCAAUAAGAAACCCGAAACCGACGACACACGUGAGCUCGACCGGCUCCUGCUCCAGUGUCUCAAACUCUUCUACAUCGACAAGAACAAUAGCAUAAUGCUACGAGACCACGUGGACCGCGAUCAAUCUGGCGCCGCAGCUGCAGCUGCGGCUGCCGUUCCCACCCCUGUUUCCAGUGCUGCCGCGGCGGCGGGAUUGUCGCAGCCGCAUCACAGCCCGCGUUCGGAAACGGACGACAGUCCGUCGAGCUCGAACAGCUACUACCCGGACAUGACCACAGACUCGCUCGCGGAUAUGGCGUAUUUUCUACAGCGUCAAGUGUACACACUGAACCGCAAGGUCGACGAGUUGUGCGGCGUUCUGGCCAUGCAGCGGUCGCGGUUGGACUUUUUGGCGUCCGCGAAGGCGACGCCGGACUCGCCUGUCAUGCCUUACCCUGGCGUGGCUGCAGUCACGCCCCACGUGACCCAGCAGCAGCAGCAGCAGCAGAUGCUGCAACACGCACCUCACGUCCAGCAUCCGCGGCUCGGCCUCGGCGUAAUGUACCCCACGCCCACUAUGGCGUCGGUGCCGGGGCCGCAGCCCAUUAGCGCACAGCAGCAAUCUUUUCACACUCUCGAGUCACUGAGUGCGGGUUACCUCAACGACAAUUUCCAUCACGCAGUGCCAGAGAACCAGUAG